AUGGGAAACAACACAAUGAUGGAGACUAUAGAUGGACCUCGGUUUGGUUACUCUAAGUAUGAAAGUUCAGUACUGUACAGCAACAAAAUUAUGAACAACAUACACAUAACAAUUCCUAUAAUCCUCAGCAUUUUCGGCCUUCUUAGUCUCAUUGGUAACAUCUUGGUCAGUGUAUACACAAGGCUUCAAUCACUGACCAGCAUCUUCAUACUCAACUUGGCUCUGUCAGACCUGCUGCUCACCAUCAGACUUCCGUUCUGGGUCUCUGAUUACAUCUGGCGUUUGGAUCUCGGAGACUCAGUGUGCAAAGUUUACAACUUUUUAUCCUCAGCUGGGUUCUACAGCAGCAUGUUGUUCCUGGUUUUGAUGAGUAUUCAGCGCUACAUGAUCGUGGUGCACUCUCUCUCAGGUCUGAAGGAAGGACAUAUUGUCACAGAUGUACUUACCUGUGUGUGGGUGAUGAGUGUUUUGGCAGCAUUGCCAAUUACAAUGCACUUUAAAGCACAGCAUUACCUAGGAGGCUGCAGGUACAGAAGAAAAGCUGCAAUUGUUGUUAUUAUGUAUAAAGAGAUCAUCGUUUUUGUGUGUGCCUUGUUGGUCACGAGUUUCUGCUACAUCAGCAUUCUGCGAACCAUCUUCAAGUCACCAAAAGACCAGAGACACACAUUUUCUGGACUUGACAUCAUUCUGGUAGCUACCUAUUUUAUUUGCUGGGCUCCUUAUAACAUACUGAAUUUUCUGUACAUCUUAGAUUAUCAUCAGAUCACGGCCUUUUCAAAUGACAAACAUCUUAAUUACGGCAUUUACAUCAGCUAUAUUCUGGCUCUCCCCCGAUGCUGCCUCAAUCCAGUGAGCUAUGGUUUAUCUCGUCUAAAAUUGUGUAAAACUGUGCGAGAGAUUUUUCAAAGACAGGUUGCUUCAAACCCUGCACAGAUGGGAAUUGAGGACUGUCAUUCUGACAGCUAUGCCAGUUUGAAUAUUUAAGUCAUUAAGCUGGAUAGAAAUCAUGUUUU